AUGGCGCUUGCGAGGCUCAAUGGAUUGGUGGUAUUUGUAUUGACCAUAUGUUCUGCCAUUCUUGGUGCGGAUGACGGCAUUGGGAGGACAUAUACCAGUGCCAACACGACAUCCUGCAAACAGAUAGGACACGGAAAGUUGCAUGGCUGUGAGGAUAUUAUUGUCGAUCCAGAGACGGGGCUCGCCUACCUCGCUUGUGGCAGUUUGAAGCCGCGCCAGCAUUGGAUGCACCCGGGCGACGAAUACGACUUUGCAAACGAAGUUGAGAAAGAUCGCAUAUUUGUUAUUGACGAAGCCGAUAACUACACCGAGAUCAAGACCUAUGAAAGAGCAGUCAACAGGUCACUGAAGCCAUUUAGCCAAGACCUGCGUGUACAUGGUUUUGACAUAUACUGGGAUCCGGCCGAUUCAAAUGACAUGACAUUCAUGCUUGUCAACCACCAGCUGGACCACGCAGCCGUUUCGAUAUUUUCGUACAGGCGUGGCUCCAAUUACAUGGUCCACGUUGAAACCGUCAGCUCAAGCUUGCUAAAGUCGCCCAAUAAUAUUGUGGCAAUGUCCAAGCGUGCGUUUUAUGCCACCAACGACAUGAAGUACACGGGCGGAAUUCUGCGAGCAGUUUCAAACAACCUGCGCUUGGCCAACGGCCAUGUGGUGUACCGAAACGAUUCGGGAAAAUUCAACAUUGGGCGGACAGACAAAAACCUGAUCUAUGUGGCCUCGUGCACCGAUCCGGGCAUCCAGAUCUACAGGAGCAAUGUCAACGGCAAUCUCGAGUACCAAGGUCGCACAUUAUUUUGGAACAGCAUCCCAGACAACAUCCAUGUCGACCACUCGACAGGCCAGCUGUACUGCACAGGCUUUCUCAAAGUGUCGCAGACACACAGGUAUUUUAAAAGCCCUUCGCUGAAUACUACCGCGACAGCAGGCACCAAGAUCCUGCGUUUGACGCCACGAGACGAUCCGCGCCAGGGAUUUGACACCGAAACACUGCUAAUUGACAGCGGGGUGUUGAUGCCGACUGCCACAAUCGCCGCACUCCAGCGCCGCAACCAGAUCCAGCGCCUGUUGAUCGGCUGUGCCGUGUGCAAUUUCUUGGUUGUGUGUGACAGCGCCAUCUAAAUAUUUCGAAGUUUCGUCCUUGAUCUUGCAC